CUUCAGGUGGCCGAAGUGCAACGCCCGUCUCGUCACCAAGAGCGCGAUCAUCGUAAACCAAGAAGCGGACAAAUACUUUUUUUUGCCUCAAAAUCAUCUUUCCUAAUCGCACGUUGUAACACUUAUCGGAGUUCUUGGGACACAUCCUAUCAACUUCGAUCUGUCUGA